AAAAGAUUGUCGUGACUAACAAAUGUAUCUAAAAACGUUUUGUAGACACCAUGAGACUAUGACACUGUAUGCAUAAAAAAAGAACUGAAAGAAUCGCGUAAAUAUUAAACAUAAUUCAAACUAUUUUUAAGAAGCGGAUGAGUCGUCGAGCCUAUGGAGGUUACCAGACAGAUAUGGCUAAAAAGGAAUGUGUGUUGUAUGUAAAUACGAAAUAACUGGGAUCAUAAGCGAAAUCAUUCUUUGCUUUUGGUGGAGUCAUUAACCUAUUGUUGGCGGCGGAUCUGCGCUGCCUGUGCAGGUCAUGCUGAUGGACAAGGACACACAGUGGCUGUACCAUCUCCUGGCCGAGGUCCAGUUGGAGAGGUUUUACCUGCGCGUCCGGGACGGACUCAACAUCACACGCGUCGAGCACUUCUCCUACGUGAAGGAGGCUGACCUUGAGCAGAUAGGCAUCAGCAAACCAGGACAGAGAAGACUAUGGGAGGCUCUAAAACGUUACAAACUGAACAUGCGACCACGCUCAUGGAUGACCAAGGUCUUCAGUGGGCGUGGUCCAGAGGUUGGCGACCAAUGGAGUGCGGGAGCGCCCAGCCAGAGCCAGGGCCAGGACACAAGGCGGAACGUGAGCUGUCUGAUCCAGGACAGUGACCUCACCAUGGGAGAGAAGCUGGGCUCUGGCUCCUUCGGGGUGGUGAAGAGAGCAGAGUGGCAGACUCCCACUGGGAAAGUGUUGCCCGUCGCCGUGAAGUCUCUGCGUAGCAGCCUGUCCAGACAGACCGACACGCUGACAGACUUCCUCCAAGAGGUGACCACCAUGCAGUCCCUGGACCACUCCAACAUCAUCCGUCUGUACGGAGUUGUGCUUACACAGCCCCUCAAGAUGGUAACAGAGCUGGCAAACCUGGGCUCCCUGUAUGACACCCUGCGCUCACGCCAGUACGAGUACCCCCUUGUUCGCCUGUGGCUCUUUGCCACCCAGAUUGCAGCCGGUAUGGAGUACCUGGAGGGGCGCAGGUUCAUCCACAGGGACCUAGCGGCACGGAACGUCCUGCUAGCGUCCCGGGAGAUGGUGAAGAUCGGAGAUUUCGGCCUGAUGAGGGGCCUGAGCCAGGAGAAGGACCACUACGUGAUGAAGGCACACCGACGGAUCCCGUUUGCAUGGUGUGCCCCAGAGAGCUUGCGUGUCGGCUCGUUCUCUCAUGCGUCUGACGUGUGGAUGUUUGGGAUCACUCUGUGGGAGAUGUUCACCUACUGUGAGGAGCCCUGGCUAGGCAUGUCAGGCAGACAGAUCCUGUGGAGGGUGGAGCGCGAGGGCGAACGCCUGGAGCGGCCCCCGGACUGUCCCCAGGAGCUGUACUCCGUCAUGAGGAAGUGCUGGGCCUGCACCGCCACCGACCGGCCCACCUUCUCAGAUCUUGUUACGCUGGUGGCAGAGGCUCAACCCAUGGAGGUGCGCGCGGUGAGGGACUUCAACGAACCCAGGAUGCUGCCCCUGCUGGCCAACGACCUAGUCACCGUCAUAGACCACGGCCUGGAGCUGUGUGAGUGGAAGGGCCAGAACCAGAGGGCCCUCAGCGUCGGCUGGUUCCCCCCGAGUCUGGCUGCACCCUCAGUCGCCACCGGCACCGCCCCUGCCCCUUGUCCAGGCCCCGUCACACAUCUCGCCCACAUCUCCGCCCCCUUGAGGGGCAGUCUGCAGCACACAGGGCACGGGGACUGCCACCCCGACCGGAGCUGGGGGACUCCCGAACGCCUGGAGGACAGUGGGAGGUGGAAAACUCCUCUAGUUCACAAAGAGAGAGACAAGGAAGGCUCAAAUUUACAGAGCAUGGCAGGUAUGUGUCGGAGUUUGGAGUCUGUCCUGGGUGAAUCUAAGAGUAAAGGUCAGCCGGUAGGAGGGCUGCGUGUGGACCCCCGUAGACCCUUCCCCAACACUCCCAUGGCAGCUCGCAGCGUGGUCACGCAGGACCCACGCAGGUUCAGCGAGGCCAGCAUAGCCCCUCCUCCACGCCCACCACCCCCAAACCUCAAGUGCCUCAAGCCACAAAUGGUGAUCCGAGACCGGAGGCCGGCGGUGAAUCCAGCCCCAGGCUCUUCUUGGCCUCCACACCCUCAGCAGCAGCAGAUACAGGUGGCCCAGCCCCCACCUCAGCCAACCAUGGGCAUCAGCAACCUGGUCAAGAUGGCUCACAUGGCACGCUCAACACCACAACUUGAUGACGGUGCAGACAAAGAGAAGGAGAGAGAAAAGGAGAGAGAGAGGGACAGGGAAAAAGAGAGGGAUCGGUACCCACCUCAAGUGCAGAACACCAGGGAAGCAGUCAUUUCACAGGUCAUGGAGGCGGUGCAUGGUGUGACCAUUGAUGAAGUCCGUAACGCACUCCGUCGCAAUGAAUGGAACCCACUCAAGGCUGAACAACAGCUUAAGAUGGAGCAGCUCUACUCUCUGAGUCUGUGUACCAGAGAGGACUGUUUUAGGAUCCUGUCCAAAUACCAGUGGGACCUCCAGCUGGCCAGCCGUUACCUCAUCAAACUAACCAGGGAUGAGAGGGUUAAUGGGGGACAGAGUGAGAGAUAGAGGGAGGCACCACCUACCAACUCAGGUGGAAGGACACCAAACUAAAUGAGGGAGGUUUAAGGAACUGGAAAACAAGAGAAAUGGAGGAGGAGGAAUGAAGAAUGAACUACAAACAGACAGGAGUACGAAGAAGAUAAAAGCCGGAUACCGUCUUUUGUGUUUACUUUUAUUUAAUGAAGAGACAGGUGUAUCCACAGUUUUCUAAAACAUAUAUCCUGAUAGAUUUGUACAUAUUUUAUUUGUCUUAAUUGUGUUUUAAUAAACUGUCAAUGCGGGUUACAGUACUGUAAAAGGUUGGAUGUUAAAUGGGCCAAACAGAAACCUGAGGCAGAGAUUUUUUUUCUCCUAAUUCAAUAAAGACAAAUUUAAAAGUC